AUGUUAAUUUUAUUGAUAAUACCUUUUGUUAAAAGCGAAUUGAUUAUUUUUAACAACACUUAUAUCACAGAAAUUAACAAUUUGAAUUAUACUUUAAAUCAUACAAGUCUUUACUUAAUUAAGGUAUCAAUUAAAUUUCUAUAGGUAAGUUAUAAAUUCUUGAAUUUCCAAAAGAUCAAAGAUUCUCUUUAUAGUUGGUAGUGGAAUGCAAAUAGAAUGGCACCAAUUAAACAGUUAUUGAUUUAGAUGCAUUUUAUUAAAAAUUUGAGGUCUAAAACAUAUAUGUCAAAUAAACAACUGAAAUAGCUAUAAAUGUUUUAUACUAAAAAAUAUGUAAUUAUUUGAUAGAAGAUAUUCGAUAAUUCAAAUACUCUUUAUAUAUAACAGAUUAACCAUAAUAAAAAGUUUAAUGUAGGUUCCCUUAUUACUCAACAAAUUGUUCAGAAUAGCUUGUAUUAGAAUAAAUACCUAAGACUAAAAUUACAGUGGGCAAAAUGACUUGGUUUUAUUUUUAUUAUACGAUUGAAUAGGAUGAUGAGUAUUAAGUAAUUUUAUAGAUUUCUAAAUAGUUAUUAAUAGAAAAUGGUCAAUCAGAUGUUGGAAUAUCAUUAGUUCCCUUUAAUAUAUCUCAUUUUACAAAGCUGCCUUCCUUUAAUUCUUACUUCAAUUUGAUACCUUAAGAAUACAUCUAUCAGGUUAAAUUAAAAGGAUAAGCAAGCGAAUCUAAAGCUGUGAUAAUAAUUGGUUUAUAUAAUUUUAACCAAACUUCAGAGGCUGAUAUAAACUUAUUUUUAUAAGAAAUCUUUGAUACUGAUGAUAACUUUCCAAUUUGGGGAAUCAUUGCUAUUAUAGGGGUAGUUGUUUUUUCAAUUUUGAUUAUAAUUUGCUUGAUAAUUUAGUUUAGAAAAUAAUUAAAAGUGCUUUCUAUAGAUACACAAGAGAUUGUUAUAGAAAUGUUAGAUAAAUAUAUGCCAUCUCAAAAGGUUUCAGCUGAAAUGCUGAAUGACUUUUGUUGUAUUUGUCUUUUGAAUUAUGAAUAAAAUGAUAAUGUGAGAGAAACACCUUGCGAUCAUACGUUUCAUGAUAAAUGCAUUAUGGAAUGGUAAAUCAUCCUAAAAACUAUUUAAGGUUUAGGAAGAAUAAAAAUUGUCCUUGUUGUAGAUUGAAAUUUACUGAAGAGGAGUUCUAAAAAUUAAUGAUUUAGAAAUAAACAGAUGUAACGCCUUAAAAUAAAAAAAAAUUUAACUCGAACUUUAUUUAAAGGGUUUCUAACUUUAAUAUUAUUCAUAGAGCAUCUUUAUAAUAAAUAAGAAAUCUCGAAGAUUCAAAUUCCUAAUUAAAUAAUUAAUUCCAAGAAAUUCCAUAAUAAAAUUUUGUUUAACCUUUUAACAUAAUUGAUUAAAUUGAUUAAAAUUGA